AUGGUCUUAAAAAGACUCGACGAUGCUUUCAUGGCUUUACUGAGGUCCUAUCAUUCGCAGCGCUUCUGUCGCGCCGCCCUCAGCGCCCGUAAUGGCGUUGUUGUAGCGCCACGAUACUCGACCAAGGCCUCCUUCGCUGCGGAACGACGAACACGCAAACAGAACCCAGCGCCGCCUCCCAAACCUCAGUCCAAGCCGACACAGGCCCGACCGACAUCCUCGUAUGAGGUGCAGGCACCGAAGCAGGUCGCUGUCAUCGGUGCCGGCAUCACCGGCCUGACGACGGCGCACUACCUCGCGAAAUGGCUUCCCGAGACGUCCCACAUCACCAUUUAUGACGCCGCCAAUCGUGUUGGCGGGUGGAUUGAUACCCAGACGGUCAACGUCGAUGUAGAUGGGCAGAAGAGCAGAGUGCGCUUCGAGCGCGGCCCGAGGACACUGCGCGGUAUGGGAAAGGAUACAUGGAAAUUUGACGACCUCGUGCUCUGGGACCUCCUUCGAGACCUCGACAUGAUCAAGGACUACAGGGGGCAGAAAUCGCCGCCUCGAUACCUAUACUACCCCGACCACCUCGUGAACAUGUCCCCGUUGAACGCAUUGCACGAGCCCGUCUUCAAGGGCGCAAUACCCGGCCUUCUAACCGCCAUGGUCCGCCGUUACAAAGCGCGUGGCCAGCCGCACCCGCCAGACAUGUCUGUCAGCGAUUUCGUCAAGUUCGCCACGGGUCGCCCGGAGAUGACGGACAACAUGGUGUCGGCCAUGAUCCACGGCAUCUGGGGUGGCGACGCAGACAAGCUGAGCAUGCGUAGCUUCAUGCCUGCGCAGUGGUGGCGCUUUUUCUACAAGCCGAGAUCGGCGAACGAGUCGUCGAGUGCUGACGACCGUCUGACGAUGUUACGGCAAGAGCUGGGCCUGCUGAAUUCCUUGGGUACUGACGAACAGUUGACGGCUCUUCUGCAACAUACGCAGAAGGACCAGCUUGUUGUCUUUAAGGACGGUAUGAGCAGCCUGCCCAAUGCCAUUGAGAGGGAUUUGAGGAAGAGACAGAACGUCACUUUCAAGCUCGGCGAUCCGGUUACGGACCUCAGAUAUAACCAAAGGCUCAACAAAGUCUCGAUCACUUCAAGCACAUCUCAAUCCCCCGUCUUCUUCGACAAGGUUAUCUCGACCACGACGAGCAAUGCGCUGUACAACAUUACGUCGGGCGCACUGCCAUCUCUCGCCCAGUCGCCCAACGUCUCCAUCAUGGCCGUUAACGUCUGGUAUCCCGAUCCCAAGCUGAACAAGAAAUCCCCCGGCGUGGGCUACCUCGUGCCCCGAUCCGUCGAGGACAAUCUCGAGGGCCUCCUGGGCGUAUUCUUCGACUCCGACGUCCUUCCCCGCGCAGAGGGCGAGCCCGAGGGCACCAAGUUCUUCGUCCUCAUGGGCGGCCAUUACUGGGACCACAUUGCCUCGCCGCCCAGCUCCGAGGAGGGUAUCCGCAUGGCCAAGGCCGUCCUCGAGCGCCACCUCGGCAUCCCCGCAGACCAACCCUGCUUCGCCAUGGCCAGGUUCGCCAAGGACUGUAUCCCGCAGCACCACGUCGGCCACUGGCAGCGCAUGGACCGCGCCAGCAGCGAGCUGCAGUACGCGUUCAACGGCAAGGUCGCCGUCGCGGGCGGCUCGUACACGGCCAUUGGCGUCACGAGCGGCAUCCGCGCCGCCUACGACCUCGCCAUGCAGAUCACGCAGUCGGCGCAGGACCACAUUGGCGAGACGGGCCUGGGCCAGUUCCAGGACCGCGUCCCCGACUUCUGGCAGGUUCACCGGAGAAAGCUGCACGAGAUGGGCCGCGACAUUGCUCCCCAGGCGACCUGGUUCCAUAAUCACUUUGGUUAG